AUGGAUUCUCCUAACCAGUACUUCGCCGAUGGCUCUCCCGAAAAUGAAAUAACCGACCUGUCAGCGAACGGUAUUUCAACACCAGAUUCUCAACACUUGGCCCUGGAGAACCUGCAAUUGCGUUUGGAAAACCAGCGUCUGCUAGAACAGUUGCACCAGCAAAUCCAUGUAAAGCUUGAGCUUCUCCUCGACAUUCAACGGGAACGUGAGUCUGUCCGUCUGCGUCUCAUCGCCGUGGAGAGUGACUACGAUGCCCAACUAAAGGAACUGCAAGGUGAAGUACUCAGUUUGCGCGAAGAUGUCCAAUCGCAGAAACGGCUGUUCAGGCAGAGGGAUCAGACUCACCAAGAGGCGAUGCAGAGCCUCUCUGAACGCAACACCGCCCUCGAGGAGAGUCUGGAGGAGUCGAAGCGGCAUGCCUCCAGUUUGACAGUUAAGGCAAAGGAGCUGCAGGACCAGUUGAUCUCCUCACGAGCGUCUAUCCAAUGCCAUGUGCAGCAGAUUGAAUCUCUGCGGGCUGAGAUUUCUCAGCUGAAGGAGGACAAGGCUUCAUUGGAGAGGCGACUGGCAGCAAUCACCGAGGAACGCGAUUGCCUCCUCAACGCCCUCUCGGAUGCUCAGCAGACAACUGCUUUGUUGCAAAGCGAAAAUGCCAACCAACAGUCUGUUGUAGGUUACCAAGUUGUAGUUGCUUUUAUUCUGUUAUAUUACGCUCUUAUUUCCUAA